UCAUCAAGUCGUCUUGAACAACUAGCGGUACUUGAGAACAUUUACCAGUGCUUGAGAUGCCGCGUCUGCUGGUGAUAGGCUAGUGAGGUGCAUUGUCAAUGGGCCGCUUCCUGAACUUGGCCGUGUGUGGGACCAGUGGUCAUUGAGAUCAUAAAGAAUAUCUUAUCCCAAUUUCCCGUGCUGACAUGCUGUCUGUAGUAACCAUUCUGCUAGGCCUGGUUGGCAGUGUUCAGUUGACGCCGGUCUUGAAAGAGGUCCCAGAAAAGUUAUGCCAGUAUGGCAACGCCACCUUCAAGCUCGGAGAGUCGCUAACUUCAGAUGCCUGCGACAGAUGUUUUUGUACUCAGUAUGGAGUUAUGUGUGAGCUGCUGAGAUGUCCUGAGGAAACAUGUCAUGAUGCUGUCAUGGGAAAAUGUUGCAUGGAGUGUCCAAAUGGUCCCAACUGCCUCCACUCUGGCCCACAUGGCACCGUGCUGGUUCCCAGGGACGGUGGCUGCCAGUACUCCCCGGGGCUCAUCUGCUACUGUUACCACGACAAACAGGAGGGGGCUGACACCCGGGCACUCACCUGGUGCUUCCCUGCGCUGCCUGGAGAUGACCGCCCUGGAGUGCGUACUAGCUUCUUUGGUGAUUUGAAGCCAAAGUGUGUUACUGUGUAGACAAAGCUUUUGAAGGAUAUUAUUAGAGCCUCUUUUUGAAAAUGCAUGUGUGUUAAGUGUGGUUCCAGCUUAGCAUGUGCAGUCUGCACAGGCUAAUCAGGGACAACACUUUCCACCUCAACUGGAUUUUCUUUGAGAAGAGACUUUCUUUUAACAAAAAAAUCCAUACAAGCGGAAAGUGUCCUUGCUUAUUAUCCUGAAGGGACACUACCUACAUGCAUUUAGCCCAGUUUUGCUAGAACGAGGCUCAUAUAGAAAAGUGCUUUAAUUAUGCUUCAGUGAAAACCAAGUGCUUACACCACUGUUUUACAGACAAUCUGUGUGGAAUAGAUAGACAAUCUUUGUGUUAUUGACAUGUAACACACAAACCAAGUUGGAAAAGGGGUUAAAUGUAAUCAGCAUGAAGAGAACAUGUGCAAAAAAAAAAUUAAAUGAACAAUUCCAAAUUUUCCUUGUUGAUUCACUCUCGUAAGACAAGUGGUACAUGAGUAUUAGUCAUUUUGUGACAAAGCUUUGGUUCUUUAUUGACUGUAAUGUUCACUGACAUUCUUCUUAAUAAAAAGUUUGUAAAUACUACUUACACCACUACUUUGUACAAAUGUUGACAAAUUUUUUAAACAUUUUGCUAAGUCUUCUCCUUUAUAGAAAUGUUAAAUGCUACUGAUUUAUCAACUUUUCUAUAGACAGUGCAUAAAUGUUACUUAUACUUAAGGACUGUUUUUAGUGACUGAUAUUUUUUCAAUGAAGUUGUCAUGAAAAAAAUGCGAAUAUUCAGUACUUGUGUUAAUAACGUUCAUUUUUAGCUCGUCUAUUAUAUAUAUAAUAUAUAUAGUGGAGCUAUCCUACUCACCCCGGCCUUAGCAUUCCCGUUAGCGUAAGCGUGCAAAUGUUAAAGUUUGCGUACCACCCCAAAUAUUUUCAUUGUCCCUUGACAUAUUGCUUUAAUAUUUUGCAUGCUUCAUUUCGAAAAUAUUUUUUUCUUUAAAACAUGGUUACAAAAAAAAUAAAAAAAUAUUGACUUUAUUUUUGAAGGACUGUUCAAACUUCCCACCCAAGCUAUUGCUAUCAAACUUGAAAUAAAAUCUUAUUAGUUUGUUUUAUGUCUUUACAAAUGUUCAAUAGAUUGUGGAUAAUAUACCUUAACUAUAACCUUGACCUUAUUGAAUAAUUUGAACAAUUUCCCCGUGAUGGCUUACGUUAUACUGUCAAGCACUCAAAUAGUCGAGCGCGCUGUCCUCUGACAGCUCUUGUUGUUAUUCUUCUAUUGUUUCACAUGCUAAAAGCAGAGCUCCAGAUAAGGUUUUGUGAAUUUCUUAAAUUACUACCUGAUUUUCAAAAAGAAUUCUUUACUCUGAAAUUUUAUUCUUAACGUUACUACUAAGUUUUGUAAAAUAAUUCUUAUUUUUUAUAAAUGACCUAAAAAUAAAUUAUAAUGGUUAUUUUCAUGCAAAAAAAUCAAAAUGAACAUACUAGCAACUUUAUUUAUACGAGUUCAACAGUGUCUUUUCAGUAUUAUACAAUUUUAUUUUUCAAAUACCUUCAUAUGCUUUUGUGUGUUUAAGUUUGGAUCCGUCGUGUUUUUUUUUAGCUUUUCCGACUGUGUUGGAAACUGAACAUACAACAUCGUAUAAGAUCAUUUCUAUAAUGUCUUUCUAAACAUUUAACUUCGGCUCACUUUGCGUGCAAUAUGUUAAAAGCGUGUUUUGGACGCUUUGCAGUUUUUCUGGACGCUCUCUGAGCGCCGCCAUUGGUUUUUGACAGAUAGACUGUAUACGCCGCUUUUAUUGGAAAAAAUGCGCUUUGUUAAACAAACCCGAUAACAAUUCUUUAUAAGCACCGCAAAGAUCUUUAAUACGCGAAAAGAACUCAAUAAAAAUCGAUACGAACCGAUGUAAAAAUAAUAUUCGUAACUUGAUUUUGUAAUUCUUAAUGGUACGACAAGAUUUUUAAAUAAAUACGUAACGGACUUGAAAAGAAUUCGUAAUUACGAAAAUACGACCCUUAUCUGGAGCUCUGCUAAAAGGAAACUAUUUCUUUAUGAUGUUAUCUUAUCUUUGUUUGUUAUUUUUUAAUCGAUUGUUGAUUUUCUUUUAUCUAAUAAACUAGCAUAAUAUACUUAUCUUGGAGUAAAUAUUUUACCACCAAUGAAGUUGAUCUUAUUAUUAAUCAAAAGGGUGGUUGUUCCCCAAUGUAGUCCUUACAUUUUAGCAAGGAGGAUUUGUUGUUCAAAUGAGGUUAUGCAUGGUCUGUUUUCUGGCAAUUGGAUAUUUUCAGUCAAUAAGGUUCAUUUUCUCUCAAUGAGCUUUCAUGUAAUGUUCGGUCAGUCAUCAAUUCGGUUAUAUUCUGUCAAUAAUGUUUUGUAUGGCCUAUAAAUAAACAAUGUACUAUAUUCUGUCAUGGGGUUAUGCAUGUUUUGUCAAUGAGGUUAUGCAUGUUCUGUAAAUGAGGUUAUGCAUGUUAUUUUAAUGAGGUUAUGCAUGUUCUGUCAAUGAGGUUAUGCACGUUCUGUCAAUGAGGUUAUGCAUGUUCUGUCAAUGAGGUUAUGCACGUUCUGUCAAUGAGGUUAUGCAUGUUCUGUCAAUGAGGUUAUGCAUGUUAUUUUAAUGAGGUUAUGCAUGUUCUGUCAAUGAGGUUAUGCAUGUUCUGUUAAUAAGGUUAUGUAUGUUAUUUUAAUGAGGGUAUGCACGUUCUGUGACUUUGUCAAUGACGUUAUGUACGUUCUGGCAAUGAGGCUAUGUAUGGUCUGUCAAUGAGGUUAUACUCCCAUGCCAUAGGCGGGAGAUAUUGUUUUGGCGUUGUCAUUCUUUCCGUCUGUCCGGAGCCUUAUCUUGGAAGUGCUUUGGCGGAUUUCAUUGAAACUUGGUAUGAGUAUAUAUAUGGAUAAUAGGAUGAUGCACGCCAAAUGGCAUUGUACACCAUCUGAUAAUAACAGAGUUAUGGCCUUUUGUGUCUUGAAAAAAUGCUUUUUUGUGUGUCCAGAGCCAUAUCUUGGAAGUGCUUUAUCAGAUUUCAUUGAAACUUGAUAUCCAGAAGCAUAUUGGCGGGGGAUAUCAAUUCAGCGAAUUUGCUUGUUCAUUUUAUUUUAAUGAGGUUUUGUAUUUUAUUUUAAUGAGGUUAUGUAUGUUCUAUCAUGGGGUUAUGCAUGUUCUGUUAAUGUGGUUAUGUAUGUUCUGUUAAUGAGGUUGUGUUUAUUCUGUUAAUGUGGUUAUGCAGGUUCUGUUAAUUAUGUUAUUAUGCAUUUUGUUAUUAUGAGGUUAUGUUUGUUCUGUUAAUGAGGUUAUUUUUAUUCUGUCAAUGCGAUUAUGCAUGUUCUGUUCAUAAUGCUAUGUGUUUUCUGUUAAUAGGUUAUGUUCUGUUUAUGAGGUUUAAUAUUCUGUAAAUGAAGUUAUAUAUAUUCUGUCAACAAGAUUAUGUUUUUUUGACAAUGGGAAUAUCUAUAUUCUGUCUAUGAGGUUACAUAAGUUCUGCAAAUCAAGUUUUGUAUGUUUUGUCAGUGAGUUUUUUUUUUUUCGUAUAAUGCGACUUUGCAUGUUCCGACAUUGAGAUUAUGUAUGUUUUGUCAAGAAGGUUAUGUUCUGUCUAUAACUGUAUGUAUGUUCUGUAAGUGAGGUUUUGUUUCACCAAGGUUAUUUUCCAAAUGGCUUGGAAGCUAAUAACAUUUAUUAAAGCGUGUGUGUCCUUUCCGGUUAAUGUGUUGACAUGAUACGGCUUUCCUUCUCUUUUCAACAUCAUUUCUCCACGGUCAAUAGUUUGAUCCUUUUUUAUGCUGGGCAGAUUUUAUCAUCGAAUAUCGCUCAAAUAUACAAGUGCUACGUACAUUAGAUUGCACAUAUUUUGAUUGCAGAUUUCCUGUCAUCUUUUUAACAGAUAACACUCAAAACAAUACUAUUGAUGGCCUAAGUGGAUUUAACACUUCAGUAAAUAUUUUAAAUCUUGUAUGGUAUUCUUCGCUUUAAGGAUUUCUCUCCUUAUAAAAAAACCAGUUAAGGCGAAAAGUGUCAUCCCAAAUUUGCCUGUGCGGACGGCAAAGACUGAUCUGUGACGACAUUUUAUUAACACACAUUAAGCCCGAUUUUCCCGAAACGUGGCUCAAGUUGACUAUUGGUUCUCCACAUAUUGUCUGUGGAUACUCUUCAACAUUCAUCAAGUUUUCUGUUAUGAACGCAUACGCAUGAAAGCUAUUCACUUAAAACUUCAGAAGUAUAAACUUGUAGAUCUCUUUGACAAGAUAUUCAGUGGACAAUUACCGUUAUUCUGAUAGUCGAAAUUAAUUAUCAAUACAAGCUCAUAAAAUAAUACAACAUUAAUACAACUAACACAGGGUAUAAAACGGCGAAAACUACUUGCCUCGGCAUGGACGUUACCAUCUUCACUAUCACGUGAUAAUUGAACCGCGUUUAAGUUAACAAAACUUUCCAUAAUUCAUGUGCGUAACGUUCGGGGACGACACUUUCCGUCUGAACUGUUUUUUCCUUUACCAUAGACUUUAUUUACUAGUAAACGAAAAAUUCCAUACAAACGGAAAGAACGGAAUUGGGCAUCAGAAGUAUAUGUAGUACUUUUUAGCAUAUAAAAUGAUAAAAGCAUUGAUAUUUUGUAUUGUUUCCCUCCACACUGAUGAUAUAUUGGUUUAUGAUAAAUAAAACAGAUAAAUAUAA